AUGUCGUCCACGGAUACGGAUACCGCCCCAACCCCUCCUAUCACGCCCUCACCAUUCAACUACAUUCUUUCCUUCCUCCUUGUCGGCGUCUGCUGGGGUUUCACGACGCCCUUCAUCCGCAAAGCAGCAGUAAAUUACACAGCUCCCUCGCACGCGUCGAUGACGGAUCCGAACCGUUCGUGGAUCUCGCGCCAAAUCGCAAAGGCAUUCUUUACUGUAUUGGGCCUGCUGAGAAGUCCCGGAUAUGCGAUCCCCUUGGUCAUGAAUUUGACAGGCAGUAUCUGGUUUUUCCUGCUGGUCGGGCAAGCUGAACUGUCACUUACUGUGCCGAUUACGAAUUCGUUGGCAUUUCUGUUUACCGUUCUCGGGGAGUGGUAUGCUGAAGGCAAGCUCAUUUCGCGAGAUACCUGGUUAGGCAUGGUUCUCGUGUGCGGUGGGAUUGGACUAUGUGUCUGGUCGAAGACCUGA